CUCUCGGUUUGUGGUACACAGCGCUGGCCGCUGGUUGCUGUUACAGGGAAAGCGGCAGACUGGAGCAGCAACAGCGAUGUGGCCGGAGCCGGCGAAGACGAAGCAGCCCCUGCUCCUCCUCCUCCUCCUCCUCCUCCUCCUCCUCUAGAUCAGGAACAGCCCAUGGAAGAGGCCGCGGUGGCGGGCAAGCUGAGUAGGUUGGAGCUCCAGCGCGGCGCCGCCGACGCGCCGUCCUUCCGGAUGGAGGACCUGCCCGUGGAGGUUCAACCUGUUAUAAUGUCACUGCUGCCACUGGAAGAGGCCGUGAGGACAAGCAUUGUUUCAAGAAGUUGGAAAAUGCUCUGGAGAUUCCACCGCGACCUAUGUUUUGAUGAUCCCAGUGAUCCCGAUUCUGACACCGAUGACGAGUUCGCUGCUCAGGAUAGUACCAAAAUAAAGCAAGCAAAGUUCAUUGAGACUGUAGAUUCGGUUAUUCAACAACAUAGUGGGAUAGGAGUCAACAAGUUCAGCAUCAGGUGUGGCCUGCACAAAGAAGACUCUGAUCAUCUUGACAGGUGGAUUUCCUUUGCCACUUCAUCAAAGGCGAAGAUAAUACAUUUUGAUCUGCUAAUAAUUGAUGGUCCAUUAUAUGGAGUUCACCACUUCCCUCUUGAGGCCUUAGAUGCUCAAGAUAGCUCAUUUGUGCAGUCAUUGUUUCUCGCUGCUGUUUCUAUAAAGCCACACUCAGGAAUAUGUGGCUUUACAAUACUCAGAAAUCUUGUUCUGAAAUCUGUUCAGAUAUUUGGGGAUUUUCCUGGCUUGCUUGCAAAGUGUUCAGCACUUGAGGACUUGCAGACCAUCGGCUGCUCUCGUGUUACUAGUUUAAGCGUACCACACAAACUCGAUAAACUUCAACAUUUGCUAAUUGAUAGUACAAGGGAUAUCAAGACGGUUGAGUUUCAUGCUGUUGAUCUUGCUCAUUUUGAGUACAGAGGGGAAGUGAUCUCUAUAGUGCUUCAUGGUUGCUCAAAAUUAGAGAAGGCAACAAUAAUGUUUAUGGCCCCUAAAGCAGUGACCCACACAUUCACUGCAGUUCCAAGCAUUUUGCCAGUAAAGAUAUUACAUAUGCAAGCUGUUAUAUCAAAAUAUCCACAGUUGCAGAAGCUGCCAGCAAGACCACAGGGCAUGUUUAUGCAUUUGAGGCAUAUGACUUGCCAACUAAGUGUAAAUUGUAGAGAAGCAAAUUACGAUAAUGAAGUUCUUCAACUGGCCCAUUGUCUGGAUGCUGCACCCGGACUGGAGACAUUGCACUUGCAUAUGUUUUAUAUGAUAUCCAGUGGUGUCUCCAGUGCUGAGGUGGCGGGUAUGCGCCAUGAUCAUCUCAAGACGGUCUUCAUGAGCGGAUUUCGCUGUUACAAGGCUCAGAUUGAGCUGGCGUGUUGUAUCUUGGGAAAUGCUUGUGUUCUUGAGCAGCUGACGAUAGAACCAAAGGUCACAAACACAAUAUGGGCGGGUAAUUAUUAUGCGUGGAAUAAAGGCCUCAAAAGAAUUUUACCGAGGGUCUGUGAGUGGGCACAGAUCACCUCGGAGCGCUUCAGUAAGGUGAUCACCGUGUUAGGUGCGCCCCUUCACAGUGAGUAAACUAUCCUUUCCCAUAUAUGUACUACGUGCUAUUGAAUAAUCUUUGGUAGGCAGUCUUGAGCAUUUCAGUGUAACUGGGAGAAGUUUAUUCGUUCAUGUAAUGCUUCUGUAGUGACUGUUUGGUUACUAUUUGUGUGUCCCUCUUAUCUUAGGGAGAAAAAAGAACAAUUUAUCUAUGUGUGUCCAAUGCAUGUAUUCCUUUCCGACC